AAUAAUCACUUUUGUGGUCGCCAUUUCCUAUAUUAUUUUAGGGAGCGAGGCUUAAAAUUCUCGUCCACAACGUCUGCGACGUCUACAUCUCAUUGCCACGCCUUGUUGCCAGUUGCCAAUUUAUAUCCGCACCUUACACCUUCCUCAACACAAAUAUCUAUCUAAUCUUAUCGUCUUGGGAAUAAGAUUCACGAUAUUUAUUUCGUUUGAUAAAAAUCCCAAACCCCACUCUCAAUUCCUACAACGCAUUCUUUGACAACUCAAUCUUCUCCUUAUACCAUCACUAACCGCAACGCAGCGAAGCGCAGUGCCAUCUACCAUCUUCCCUCUUACGCCACAUAAUACCAUUUCAUACAAAGAAAUCUCAGGUUUGACCACUUCACCGUAUUUAUGGCGGAACCUGAGCAGGUCGGGACACCUCCUGUGUCUCCAGACACCGCACAUAGCAAUGGGGCGCAGAAUACCGGCGCACUUAGUAACGGCACGCGUCGCUCGGGCAGAGCAACAAAGGCACCUACCAAGUACGAUGAGGAGUAUGUCAUCCCUGCUUAUAAAGCACAUGUCCAGCCUGCCAUUCCGUCAACCCGCCCAAAGCGUAAAGCAGCUCGCAUCGCACAGGAGAAUAUCAUCCCCGAAGAUCCUGGUCCACUCCUAGAAGCUGCCUUAAGUCGAAUGUCCCAGGAUGAGCGUAAAGAAUAUGGUGGUUGGGUAGAACUUGAAUCCGAGCCUGGAUUCUUCAAUGCCAUUCUGCAAGAGCUUGGAGCUAAGGACUUCAAGGUUCAAGAAGUGUACAGCCUGGAUCCAGACAUCCUAGAGUUCCUACCCAAACCCGUUCAUGGUCUCAUUUUCUUAUUCCAAUAUGAUGGAUCUGAUGAGCCAAGCAACGAGGUGAACCGUCAGGAGUGCCCUGACUAUCUCUGGUUUACCAAUCAGACGACAGCCAAUGCUUGCGCUACCGUGGCGCUCAUGAACAUCAUAAUGAAUGCCCAAGACGUCACUCUUGGUACGGAACUCCAGAAGUUCAGAGAGUCUACAAAAGAGCAGCUACCUCCCCAUCGGGGCAUUUCCCUUGACAAGAAUGACUUCAUCCGAAGCGUACAUAAUUCCGUUGCAAGACGGAUCGAUCUCCUCUCUGAGGAUCUAUGUCUUGACAACAAGUAUGAGGAGUCUGUAAUGGUGAAAAAGAGAAGGACACAAAAGAAGUCCACCCGUACCUCACGUAAAGGGCGGGUUGAGACGAAUUAUCAUUACAUCGCUUACGUGCCUGUGAACGGCCAGGUUUGGGAAUUGGACGGCUUUGAGAAGAUGCCGUUAUGUCUUGGCCCCAUAUCGGAUUCGUGGAUCGAUACGGCAAGUACAGCAAUUCAGGAACGCAUGAUGCGUAAUUCAGAGAUGCCCGAGUUCAGUCUUCUAGCCAUCUGCCAGUCUCCUCUCCAGACUCUAGCUAAGGAACUUGCAAUUAGCCUAGCCUGCUCCCAUGCCCUCCACGAGCUCUAUAGCGGGAAUACCAACUGGACCGUCCCGGACCCCUUCAAAGCUUUCCCCGCCCCUCAUCUCGCCCAGCGAAACCUAACCCGCGAAGAUAUCGUGUCUCAAGAGCUCCCAGAUUUGUAUAAGAUCAGGACGAGCCACCCGGAUUUCAAUGCCGAUGAAGCGCUGAAGCUAGCGAAAGAACUAAGAACGGAACAGGACUCCCUCGACGCGCAAUACGUUGCAGAGCUGGCGACGGUAGAUGAAGCGGUGGAUAUAAUCCGUGGUCGGCAGCGUGAUUACACGCCUGCGAUACACCAUUGGGUGCGGGCGCUUGCCGAGAAGGGUGUGCUAAGGGGGCUGAUCCAGGAUAUUGGGUCGUAAUGGCUGGAUAAGAUCUAGUACGCAACGGAUUGUUGCUAAUAUGAAGAAAGUGGAGGUAUA